GGAACGACCUCUCUCAUUGCAUGUCGGCGGCUUGGCGACACUCGCAUAAACGCAGGGGUGCAAGUGGCGGGAGAGCGCGUGUGCAAUUGGCCCCGGCGCAGGAAUUUGCCCCGCUGUGCGCUCAGCGACGAACAUGGCUUGUCCGCUUAACCGGAACCAGCACAGCACAGAAGCGAAAGCCCCUCAGUCUGCCUCCCCAAGAUUUGAACAGUCAUUCGGUGCCCGCCUCAAUACAGCGAUGGCACGCCGCUCCUUGAACCUUGCCAUCCCCGUCCAAUUCAAUCGGCCCAGUCCCGCUCGACUUAGCGAGGCCCUGCCACCGGCACAGCGACCUUGACGGCCCUGGGGCCCCAGAAACAGCGACGGCCAAGCUGGAAUCAGGGGCGUUUGAGCGACCUACAGGCAGCUCGAGGCCGCCGUGGCGAGCGCCAGCCCACGCAAAUUCAAUUCGCCGUAUUCAGUCAACGAGGGUCAGCCAACGAGGGGAGGGCUGCAGGGGACGAGAGCAGAAGACGGGCAGUAGACAAGAUAGAACGGAGCCGGCCCAAUGGCCGACUUCAUUAGUAAGGAUGAAGCGGACCUGCCCGCCGCCGAUUACAGCAAGGAUCAUGACGCUGCCGCCGGGCAAUUGGUCGACGCUGAAAUGGACGACGAUGAGCCCGUCCCGUCUGCGCUGAAAACAGCCCCGUCGUCGUCUGUGGGUGGCUACGACGACGACGCCGACGACGGCUCGACGCCGGCCCCGGCUGUCGUUGUCGAUGGGGCGGGCGCGACAGCUGCUGCGACGGGACUUGCAACAGCUAGCGUUGCCGUCAACAAUGCCCACCACGGCAACAGAGCCGGCACGGCCGCGACGGCGACGGCGACGGCGACGGCCACCACCACUCCCAGCAAGGAGCGCCACUCGCUCACGCUGGACCAGCGGCGGGCGCUGCGGCGCUGGGCCAACAGCCAGGUGGUGCGUCCGUCGCACAAGGCGUGCAUCGAGUGGUUCGCGUCCGAGUAUGGGCUCUCCAUCUCGCAGUCGACCGUGUCGCACUCGCUGUCGCCCAAGUACGCCCGCCUCGACAGCGACGCGCAGCUGUCGGGCUCGCGCCUGCGCUUCGGCAACUGGCCCGACGUCGAGAAGCUCGUGCUGCUCUGGCACUCGGAGAUGGUCAACCGCGGCCGCCAGCCCAGCAACGAGGAGCUGGUGCAAAAGGCCGUCGCCAUCUUUGAGCAGCUGCCCCGCUAUGAAGGCGAGAAGGCCCCCAACUUCUCGCCUGGCUGGGUCCACCGCUUCAAGAAGCGCUACGGCCUGCUGAUGCGCCGCCAGCGCCGCACCGCCCCGGGGCCCAGCGGCGCCGCGGGAUCCGACGAACUCGACGACAUAUCCUACCUCGUCGACGCCCUGCCGCGCUUCACCCCCGUCUCGGCAGAAACCCCGGCCGCCACCAUUCGCGAUCUCUUCUCUCGUGUCAUCGGUAUCGACACCAGCAUAGCAACCUGCGCCCGCGUCCGUGACGAGGUGGUCUCCAUCCAGACCGCCGCCGCCGCCACCGCCGCCGCCGCUGGUGUUGGUGCUGGUGCUGGUGCUGGUGCUGCCCCCACCCCGCCCCCCACAACAUGGCCAUCGCUGCCGCCGCCGUUGCAGCAGCCAAUCCAUCACUCGGCGCAGGUUCCGCCGCCGGUCACCGGACUACCGGCGACGCUGUUGGCGUCGACAGCGGUGUACAAGUGUCCUCGUCGUCCCACAUGGAUCUAGGUGACGACGAUGACGCCGAGGUCGCGCUGCAACACGCGCUCCGCCAGAUCCAACAGGAGGAGACAGACGCUGACGCCGAUACAACCAUGCCCGAGGACAACGACGAGCACCACAUGGAGGAUAAUGGGAUCCCAAUCAACCGCAACGUCGGCGCCGACUUUAGACAGCAACAGCUACAGCCAGCGCAGGCAACCCCAAUCUCGCAACCGCGGGCAAAUCAGCACCACCAGCUCCACCAACCGCAGCCACCGCCACCACCACAACUCCAACCACAGCAGCCGUUGCGAACGUCACCACAGCCGCCAGCGCCAGCGGCGCCGCCACCACCACCACAGCAACAGCUGCAACUAAACACGCCCACCUCGAUCCGCAUGCACCAGCUCCCCGUUACCACAUCCCAGUUCGCACACGACGGCGAGUUGAGACUAACACCCAUCCCAAGCUCGGCCCCCGCGCCCGCAUCGGGCGAGAAGCCGGUCCGGUGCCCGUUCUGCGUCAACACUCGGAUGCUGCGCUCGAUAAAGGAGGCCGUGGAGCACAUGUCCACCCAUGUCGUUGUCGAAUAGGACUAGAUCUAAACUUCUCAUCACUCGACGUAAACUAAACAUUUCACCGUACUAGAAUCAAAUCCACCGAAGGCAUAGAAUGAAGACGGGAACGAAAUGCCGCUCCCGGAAAGAAGGAUGAUUAAGAAACGAAACGCAAGCAUAAGUGAACGCCAAAACAAACGAAAACCGAACAAGAAGCCCCCUCCUAGUUCCAGUUACUCCAACUCCGCGAUCCUCUCAAACGACUUGCGGCUCAAGGAUGUCGGGAUCAAAUCAUUCCCAGGGACGCCAAACUUUUGUCACUCUCGUUAAUCGACUCAUCUCAUGGCCGCGCCGGGCAGCCUAGCGAAUGUCCUUUCUGGGCCGGGCGUGACCUAGACAGCAACGCCUACCUCGUAUGUGUGGCGCAUUACGAGACGAUCACAAAAGAGGGUUGCUGUUUUUGUCCGCAGGGCAUGCCCCAACAGAGACAAGGGAAAUAUAGUAAAUGAAGGAGAAACAAAUGUAGACAAGGAGAGAGAGAGGGUCUUGGAAAAGAAGAACGGGGAUGGGGGACGAAUAAGGGGAUAAUGGUAAAGAAGAGGGAAAGAGCGAUGGUAGAAACAGCAACAGAAACUCGCUGAGGCCUAUCGCACCCGAAAUGACACGGCUCCAGAACGUGGCCAUGAAGGUAAAGGAGGUGUAGAAUUAAGCCCAUGACGUUGGAAGCGAUGCUUUUUUUUUCUCGUUUUUUUCCCUCAUGUUUUUAGCAUCCAUCUGCUGGCCGCGAAAACGACGCUCGACGCAAACUCUGAUAGUUUCGAGAGUCAGUUUGCCCAUC